ACCUUUUCAGGAAGUUAGUCGCACGCAGCGCGUUUGAUGGUGGAGGUACAUAACCAGCAGUCCGACGGCAGUUACAUUCAUGCUGAAAUAAUAAUAAUAAUAAAAAAGUCGUCAUUUUAUUAUGGCCACCAUGGAGAAAGAAACCCCUGCUAAAAAGGCUGCUACUCCGUCUGUAUCCCAGAUAAAUGCGGAAUAUGUCACGCAGUUGUCUAACAAAUAUUGGGCGCCUCAUGCAAAGAAUAAACUACCUUUUGACCCUAAGGUGAUGGAAGAUGUUUACGAGAAGGAGAUUCUCAACUCCAAAUUUGCCAUUAGGAAAAUUAUGCUGCUUGAAUUCAGCCAAUACCUUGAAAACUACCUGUGGGUGAACUACACUCCAGAGGUUUCCAGCAAUGCCUACAUCAUGUCCAUUUGUUGCAUUGUCAAUGAGAAGUUCAGAGAAAAUGUUCCAGCCUGGGAGGUGUUCAAGAAGGAACCAAGUCAUUUUCCAUUUUUCUUCAAAUGUGUGAUGGAAGCCGUUCUGGCAGAUGAGCAGGCUGGUCUUACUCUGAAGGAACAAACUGUGCUUCUGGUCUUUAUGGACCACUGUUUCAACAGUCUGGAGGUAGAUUUGAUCAGAGAGCAGGUGCAGCAGCUCAUCUCUCUGCCAAUGUGGAUGUGCCUCUUACCAUCCAGACUCCAGCACGAGCUGAGGAAAGUUCCAAAGCUGCAGAAGUUCUGGAAUCUAAUCAAAAAGAAAUCUGAUAAAAUGGAUGCUGACACAGCUGAGCAGGCAAAGAAGGAGAGGACCUUCCUCUCGGCUCUUAUUAAAAAGUUUCACGGAGUUCUUGCGUCAAUUCCACCAACAGGGCCUGUAUCCAUGGACCAAGUGCAUUACUGCGAGAGAUUCAUAGAACUCAUGAUUGAUUUGGAGGCACUGCUGCCCACCAGGCGUUGGUUCAAUACAGUGCUGGAUGACUCUCAUUUGGUGGUCAGAUGUCACCUCUCCAGCCUCACAAAAAGAGAGAAGGAGGGGCAUCUCUUCUGUCAGUUGCUGGAUAUGCUGAAGUUCUACACUGGUUUUGAAAUCAAUGAUCAGACAGGAAAUGCACUGACUCAGAAAGAGAUGACCACUUUGCACUAUGACAGAAUCACCUCACUGCAGAGGGCAGCCUUUGCUCAUUUCCCAGAGUUGCACGAGUUUGCUUUAUCCAGUGUCGCAUCAGUAGACACCCGAGAAUCCUUGACCAAACACUUUGGGCAUCUCAGUCCCAAUAUGCUCCACAAGGUGGCCUCGUAUUUGUGUCUGCUGCCUGAACUGCCUGAAGGGCAAGACACCACUAUUGAGAAAGAGGUUCUGCUUGAGUUGCUGGUGUCUUGUCAUGAGCGCAGAAUCUCUCAGAUUGAGCAACUUAACCAGAUGCCCCUUUAUCCAACGGAGAAGAUAAUCUGGGACGAGAACAUUGUGCCAACAGAGUAUUACUCAGGAGAAGGUUGUCUGGCUCUACCAAAGCUAAAUCUCCAGUUCCUGACACUCCACGACUACCUGCUGAGGAACUUUAACCUCUUUCGUCUGGAGUCCACCUAUGAGAUCAGACAGGACAUAGAAGAUGUGAUUUGGCGCAUGAAACCAUGGCAGUCAGAGUAUGGUGGAGUGGUGUUUGGAGGCUGGGCGAGGAUGGCUCAGCCAAUCACCUCUUUUUCCAUAGUUGAGGUUGCCAAGCCCAACAUCGGAGAGAGCUGGCCUGCUCGUGUUCGCGCAGAUGUGACUAUCAACCUCAAUGUACAGGACCAUAUCAAGCAUGAGUGGGAAGGUCUGCGGAAACAUGAUGUUUGCUUUCUGAUCACGGUGCGCCCCAUGCUGCUCUACGGCACACGUUUUGACCGGCGUCAGCCAUUUGUGGAUCAGACUGGCCUUGUGUAUGUGAGAGGCUGUGAGGUGCAGGGUAUGCUGGAUGACAAGGGGCGUGUCAUCGAGGAAGGUCCUGAACCAAAGCCUAAGCUGCGUGGAGAUGUCAGAACAUUUCGUGUAUGGCUUGACCCAAACCAGUACCAGCAGGACAUGACCAGCAGUAUUCAGAGUAACACCGAAGACCCAUAUGAGACUUUCAACAUCAUCAUGAGACGCAAACCUAAGGAAAACAAUUUCAAGGCUGUGCUAGAGACCAUCAGACAUCUGAUGAACACAGAAUGUGUCGUCCCAGACUGGCUUCAUGACAUCAUCUUAGGUUAUGGUGACCCGGGCAGCGCACAUUAUUCAAAAAUGCCCAAUCAGAUCUCAACGUUGGACUUCAACGACACCUUUUUGUCAUUGGACCACUUGCGUUCAUGUUUCCCUGGUAACACCAUAAAGGUCACUGAGCAGAACCCUGAACUUCAGGUUCCCCCAUUCAGAAUCACAUUUCCCACCUCAAACACAGCAGACAAAGGAAAGAAAAGAAAGGCUGAUGAAGAAGUGGAAAACAAAGAGGAAGACAAGACCUUGAUUGUUGAACCCUAUGUUACCCCCAAUCGUGGGCCAUAUCCCUACAAUCAGCCCAAACGGAACACAAUUCCAUUCACUUCUACUCAAAUUGAAGCCAUUCGAGCCGGGAUGCAGCCAGGUCUAACAAUGGUUGUGGGACCACCGGGUACUGGAAAGACCGAUGUUGCCGUUCAGAUCAUCUCAAACCUGUAUCACAACUUCCCUGAGCAGAGGACCCUCAUAGUCACACAUUCAAAUCAGGCUUUGAACCAACUCUUUGAAAAGAUCAUGGCCCUAGACAUUGACGAGCGCCACCUUCUGCGUCUGGGCCAUGGAGAGGAAGAGCUGGAGACUGAGAAGGAUUUCAGCAGAUAUGGAAGGGUAAACUACGUCCUGGCCAGAAGACUGGAGCUUCUCCGAGAGGUGGGAAGGUUACAGGAGAGCUUGGAUGUCCCAGGAGAUGUUUCUUAUACCUGUGAGACUGCUGGACAUUUCUACCUCUACCAGGUGAUAUCCCGCUGGGAAGAGUACAUGAGCAAAGUAAAACCAAAACAGGGCAAGAACGUGGAGGUGGAGGCUGUUGCUGCACACUUUCCUUUCCACAAGUACUUUUCCAAUGCACCCCAGCCUGUGUUCAAAGGUCGGUCAUAUGAGGAGGACAUGGACAUCGCAGAGGGCUGCUAUCGCCACAUCAAGAAAAUAUUUACCCAGCUGGAGGAAUUCAGGGCCUUCGAGCUGCUAAGAAGUGGACUGGAUCGCUCCAAAUAUCUGCUAGUGAAAGAAGCCAAAAUCAUUGCCAUGACCUGCACACACGCUGCACUCAAACGUCACGACCUAGUGGAGCUGGGAUUUAAGUAUGACAACAUCCUGAUGGAAGAAGCUGCACAGAUUCUGGAAAUUGAGACUUUCAUCCCUCUAUUACUACAGAACCCAGAGGAUGGCUACAGCAGGCUAAAGCGCUGGAUCAUGAUUGGCGACCACCACCAGUUGCCCCCAGUCAUCAAGAACAUGGCUUUCCAGAAGUACUCCAACAUGGAGCAGUCUCUCUUCACCCGAUUUGUGCGCCUAGGUGUGCCCACAAUAGACUUGGAUGCACAGGGCCGUGCACGUGCAAGCCUGUGCAAUUUGUACAACUGGCGCUACAAACACCUGGGGAACCUGCCUCACGUUCAGCAACUUCCCGAGUUUCAGGUGCCCAACCCUGGCCUGACGUUUGAUUUCCAGCUAAUUAACGUGGAAGACUUCAAUGGGGUGGGAGAAUCUGAGCCCAACCCCUACUUUUAUCAGAACCUGGCAGAGGCAGAGUAUUCUGUGGCUCUAUACAUGUACAUGCGUCUGUUGGGCUACCCAGCUGAGCGCAUCAGCAUCCUCACCACCUACAAUGGACAAAAACACCUGAUCAGAGAUGUCAUCAACCAACGCUGUGCUGGAAAUCCAGUGUUUGGUCAGCCCCACAAGAUUACGACAGUGGACAGGUUCCAGGGUCAGCAGAACAACUACAUCAUCCUCUCCCUGGUCCGCACCAAAGCUGUGGGACACCUGAGGGAUGUGAGGCGUCUGGUGGUAGCCAUGUCAAGAGCCAGACUGGGCCUGUACAUCUUUGCCCGAGUGUCACUGUUUCAGAACUGCUUCGAAUUGACUCCUGCCUUCAACCAGCUCACUGCCAGACCACUGCAGCUACACAUUAGACCACACGAGUACUACAACCAGGAACAGCCUCGAGAUACUUCUGGACAGCCCGACCAAAUUGUGAAGAACAUGCCGGAAAUGGCCAACCUGGUGUAUAAUAUGUACAUGCACAUGAUCCAGACCUCCCAGCAGUACAGACAGCAGCAACAGCAAGAACUGGCUCUGCCUCCAAAACAGACCCAAAAAGAUGCUGGCGCUUUGUCGACCACUGCUACAUCUAAGGAGCCACAGGAGGAAACCCCCAUGGAGCAGGAAAACCCAGAAGGAACGGCGAGCACAGAGCCAAACUCGGAGGACGCCAGCGAGAAGGAAGGAAACAAGGAUACUGACGGCCAUGCUAAGAUGCCAGAGCAUCCUGGUAGAGACAGCGACAGCGAUGGAGAGAGCGCAGAUGAGCAAGAACAGUAGAACAUCCUGACAUGGGACUACCAUAGAGGGACCAAGUGGAUCCCCUGAAGAAAUAUGUAGUGCUUAGUCACCUAUUUUAAAUCUGUUUUCUACUGAGAGAAGAUCAUUGUGAUGUUUUGUUAUUUUUUCUAAAACAUUUGAUUUUUGUUACUAUCAGUACUUUAU